AUGGCAUUAAGAUCAUUGAGGCAGGAGUACCUGCAAAUACCUACAGUUACACGAGCUUAUACAACUGCUUGUGUACUUACUACACUCGCCGUGCAACUGGAUUUGGUUUCACCUUUUCAACUAUACUUCAAUCCUAUUUUAAUCGUUCAUCAAUACCAAAUAUGGCGACUUGUCACAACGUUUUUGUACUUUGGUACGGUUGGGUUCAAUUUUUUCUUCAACAUGAUAUUUACUUAUCGCUAUUGCCGGAUGCUGGAAGAAGGUCCGUUCCGUGGAAGGACAGCUGAUUUUGUAAUGAUGUUCAUUUUUGGUGGAAUAUUUGCAUUUUUUGUUAAUUUAUUAUUUUUGGGACAUGCAUUUACGUUGAUGCUAGUUUAUGUCUGGUCGAGACGAACUCCAUUCGUUAGAAUGAACUUUUUUGGCUUGCUAAACUUCAGGGCUCCAUUUUUACCAUGGGUUCUUCUUGGGUUCUCUUUGUUACUCGGAAAUGUCAUAUGGGUAGAUUUAGUUGGCAUGGCUGUUGGACAUAUGUACUAUUUUGCUGAAGACGUUUUUCCAAAUCAAGUCGGAGGUGGUUUCCGAAUCAUAAAAACUCCACAAAUACUUAAAAAUUUAUUUGAUGAGCGUCAGGAAGAUUCAGACUACGCUCCACUUCCUGAAGACAGACCUGGAGGUUUUGCGUGGGGCCAAGGAGCCGAUGUCCAUUAA